UUUAAACCAAAAUAAUGUCUACGGCAGCAGAGACCUCUCCGAGAUGUCAGGUAUUAGUCCGGAGGGGCAGAUCUGCGAGCCACACAGCAGCUCCUGGGUCUACGGUACAUUAGCCUCUCCGUGGGAGAGGGAUCCCAGACAGCUCUGCUGGGGAGCCAGCCCAGGAGAUUUGUUAGCGGGCUGCUCCGGGGGAUACCAGCCACCUCCGGCACCCGAGCGCCAAAGGUGCUUGUGCUGCUGCUGCUGCUGCUGCUGGCGCAUUUCAUCCAAACUCCAGCCAGAGCGGGGGCAAGUUGAACCGGAGACAUUAGAGCCACUGUGCUUUGGAGAGACGAGGGCGCGCGGGGAGCGCGGCAGCACCAUGCCUGCUAUCAAGAAGGAGCGACUUGACAGGGAAGAGAUGGCCCUGGCAGCUUUUAACCAGCCCAUGGAAACCUUACCUGACUAUCUCGCCCCUCUGGCCGCCGCUGCCAUUCCGGUGGUCACCCCGCACCCGCCGGCUUACGACCAGAUCUUUGCCCACCGCGCGUACCUGGGCUUCCACGAGACCCACCACCCCCACCCGCACCACCCGCACCACCCCCACCACCUCCCCGAGGACCUGAUGCUGGAGAGGUUUUCCUCCAUCCCGGAUUUCCAGCCCUUCUUUGACAACGGAGAGCCUUGCAUCGAGGUGGAGUGCGGGGAGAACAAGGCGCUGCUCUACAUCAAUAAGUUGUGCCAGGGGAGCAAAGGACCCUCUAUCCGGUACCGGGGAGAGUGGCUCACCCCCAACGAGUUCCAGUUUGUCAGCGGCAGGGAGACGGCCAAGGACUGGAAGCGCAGCAUCAGGCACAAAGGGAAAAGUUUGAAGACUCUUAUGUCCAAAGGAAUCUUACAGGUACAUCCUCCAAUCUGUGAUUGCCCUGGGUGUCGAAUUUCGUCUCCAGUGAACCGGGGCCGCCUGGCAGAGAAGAGAACCAUCCCUUUACCUCCCACCAGGAUCCCGAAGAAAGAGCUCACCUCCAUUUUCUCGCAUAGCGACGACAGCGAAGAGAGCGACAAGAGCAAUGGUCAGCACCCCGAAGUAAAGCAGGAGGAGGAUCUCCACAUCAGUAUCAUGAAAAGAAGGAUACACACCCACUGGGAUUUAAACAUCUCCUUCCGAGAGACCUCUUGCAGCCGCGAUAACGACCUUUCCACUAUCAUCUCCAACCUGCACCAGAGCCGCCAGCUCGUUAUGCCAGAGACCCAGAGCCGCUGUGAAUUCAAGAGAAACAGCAUCGAGGUUGGCCUGGGAGCAGCAGAUGAAAUUUUAGGCAAGAGAAGAGUAUGUUCUCCCAACAGCAGCAGUGAGUGUCCUUUAGAAAGCAAGAAAGCCAGAAGUGAGUCCCCAAAGGAAAACUCCCACACGCCUCUGCUGGAGGACUCGGUGACUCAGAUGACCCCGGAGGAGCACUACAGACGCAUGAUGUCAGCACUGAAUGAGCAUGGCACCUUUGAAGAGCAGCAGCAGCAACGUCUCUACCAGCUGGCCAACAGCAUGGCAGUGCCCAGCCAUGGAGAUCUCCUGCGGGCGCGGCAAGAGGUGGCGGCGGCGGCGGCGGCGGCGCGGAACCCCGGCGCGAUGGAAGCGCACAUCCCCUCGGCCAGCAACUCUUCCAGCCAGCGGAGGAAGCAGGGCCUCCCCCAGCACAGGGACACCCACUUCCCCGAGAGGGAGAUAUCGCACCCACCGCCUCUGCUCUCACCCCAGAACGCUCCCCACAUUGCCCUGGGGCCCCACUUGAGACCUCCCUUCCUCGGGGUGCCUUCGGCGCUGUGCCAGACGCCAGGUUACGGGUUCCUCCAGCCGGCACAAGCGGAGAUGUUUGCACGGCAGCAGGAGAUGCUACGAAAGCAAAACCUGGCCAGGUUGGAGAUGUCGGCCGAGAUCAUCCGCCAGAAGGAGCUGGAGAACCUCCACCGCCAGAGGCUGCUGGCCGGAGACCCCCUGAGCCUGCACCCGGGGCUGCCCCCGGACCACCCGGCCCUGCGCAACGUGCACGACAUCCCCGAGGGGCACCCGCUGCGGGAGGAGCUGUCCCGGCGGAACGCCAUGCUGGUGCUGCGGCACAACAACACCCCGCUGCUGUCCCUCAACCCCGCCGUGCCCGGCGCCAGCUCCUCCACGCCGCCCAAGGAGCAGCCCCGGCGGGGCAGCCGCAAAGCCGCGCAGCACCGCGCCGAGCCCCAGGGCGCCGGCGAGGCCAAGGAGCCGGCGGAGCCCCGGGCGCGGGACGGGGCCCAGGACUGUAACGACGAGGAGAUGAAGGACUCGGAGAGCGACGCGGACGUGAGCGACGAGAAGCCCGAGAGCCUGAAGGCCGAGGGCGGCGGCGGCGGCUCGGCCGCGGAGCUCAAGGAGUGCAAGGAGGCGGGCAAGGCGUGUGAGGGGGCCAAGGAGAUGGGCGAGGCGGGCGCUGCCCAGAAUGCCCCCUGCAGCUCCUCGAGCGCAGAGUCCCCCAGCCAUCUGCUCGGCCCGGGCAUCACCAAGGCCGAGGUGAAGUACCUCCCGCCGGCCUCCAUCCCGCCGCCUCAGCCGCUGCCCUUCGGGUUCCCCUACACCAUGAGCCCCUACUUCCACGCAGGCACCAUGGGAGGUCUGUUUCUGGAUGGUGAGGAGAGCCCUGCGCUGGAAGACAUCAGCAAAUGGACGGUGGAGGAUGUUUGCAGCUUCGUGUCCAACUUGUCUGGCUGCACCGAGUACACUCAGGUAUUCCGAGAGCAGGCCAUCGACGGAGAGACCCUGCCCCUCCUGACAGAAGAGCACUUACUGAACAACAUGGGGCUGAAACUGGGGCCUGCCCUGAAGAUAAGGUCACAGGUGGCCAAGCGAGUGGGCAGAGUGCUGUACAUGGCAGGCUUCCCCAUGGCUUUCCCCCUGCAGCCCCCCGGGCUGCGGCCCCCGGAGCGGGACGUGCCCACGGCCGAGCUCCGGCCGGCAUCCACGGGCAGCGUGGCCUCCCCCUUCGGCAGCGGCGUCCCCUCCUCUGCCAGCCGGGGCUCCCCCAAGCAGGAAAACGGGAAUCCUUCCCUCCUCCCCGGGCUCAGCGACACCGCCAAACCUCCGUCCUAACUGCGGGGACGCCUCCAGCUGCUUCUGGGACUUUGGGGAUCCGGUGGGACGAGCCGAAGGAUGCGACGCCAGAGCCCUCCCCGCCGGCGGCGCGAGACGCAGGAGUGAGGGAGGAAAAGGGAGGUUUUAAUUUGGGUUUGGUUGUUUUUUUUUUUCUUUUUGGGACGAAUUUGCUUUUUUUUUGUUUGUUUGUUUGUUUGGGAGAAUAAACAACACAGAGAAGAUUUCAAAACUGUAAAAAAGAAAAAAAAAAAAGAUAUAGGGAAGGAAAAGAAAAUGAUCCAAAGAUGUCGUGAGACAACGCAAGUGAAGAGAAGGAUUGUGGAGGAUGGCUGCAGCAUUCCUGUUCCCUUCCUCACCCAGAGAUGGAGAGCCCUGCACAGGGAAUGAACGCUGUUCUUUGCCUUCAAAGAAUCCUGGCUGUCAGGAACUCCUGGGUGUGACUCCAAGCAGGGAAGGGGAAGGGGUUCUGCUCCUCCCAAUGGUACUCAGCACCCCUGAGCAAAGGAAAACAACCCAUCAAAAAAUAAUUUAAAAAAAAAAAAAAAAAAUCACACCAACCACCUUCCCAGAUCUCUCCUCCUCCCUGGAAACUGUGCUCAGUUCCUCAUUCAGGUGUCUAUGCAUCUCUAGCGACUUUGAAAACAAUACCAAAGACAGACAAAAAGGAAAAAGUAAUAAUAAAAAAAAUAAUAAUAAAAAAGAGGAGUUAAAAAAAAAAAAAAAAA